AGCUACAUAUAAAAUACAGCCAUAAAAUCUGCGGGAACGAUUAAAAACUAAUUCUGGCUGGUUUACUGAGAAGAGCGGCGAUGAAGUACAUCCUGGUUACUGGUGGUGUAAUCAGUGGGAUCGGCAAGGGGGUGAUUGCCAGCAGCCUCGGAACAAUUCUCAAAUCGUCAGGUGUAAGAGUUACCUCCAUCAAGAUUGAUCCAUAUAUCAACAUAGAUGCUGGAACCUUCUCGCCUUAUGAACAUGGUGAAGUAUUUGUUCUAAAUGAUGGUGGUGAGGUUGACCUUGACCUUGGUAACUAUGAACGUUUCCUUGACAUCACACUUCACCGUGACAACAACAUAACAACAGGAAAGAUAUACCAACAUGUGAUCAACAAAGAGAGAAGGGGAGAUUACCUUGGUAAAACAGUGCAAGUUGUACCACAUAUCACAGAUGCUAUACAGGAGUGGGUGGAGCGUGUAGCUAGGGUUCCUGUAGAUGGUGACAACAAAACACCAGAUGUCUGCAUUAUAGAGCUUGGUGGAACUAUAGGAGAUAUAGAAGGCAUGCCGUUUGUUGAAGCGUUCCGUCAGUUCCAGUUUAGGGUCAAGAGAGAUAAUUUCUGCUGUGUACAUGUCAGUCUUGUACCACAGCCAAAGGCCACAGGUGAACAGAAGACAAAGCCUACACAGUCGAGUAUACGUGAAUUACGAGGGUUAGGAUUGUCUCCAGAUUUGAUUGUAUGUAGAAGUUCUAAACCAAUAGAUGUCUCAAUAAAAGAAAAAGUGUCCCUAUUUUGUCAUGUUGAGCCACAGCAGGUUUUGAGUAUUCAUGAUUUGUCAUCUAUAUAUCGAGUCCCUAUACUGAUGGAAGAACAGGGUGUAUCUAAAUACAUGAUGGAGCGCCUUAAACUACAUCCACAUAUGACCAGACCUAAACGAUUUAUGCAAAGCUGGAAAGAACUUGCAGAUAGAUAUGACAGGUUACUGAGAGAAGUGACUAUAGUACUGGUUGGUAAAUACACAAAACUUGAAGAUGCCUACGCCUCUGUGAUCAAAGCUUUACAACAUUCAGCACUGGCUGUGAGUCACAGGCUUAAUUUAAAGUAUAUAGAGGCAGCAGAUUUAGAGAUGGAAACAUUGUCAGAGGACCCUUGUAAAUACCAUGAAGCCUGGCACCAGCUGGUUAGUGCUGAUGGUAUUUUGGUGCCAGGUGGUUUUGGUGUACGAGGGACGGAAGGGAAAGUAUUGGCUGUAAACUGGGCACGCAGUAAGAAAGUUCCAUUCCUAGGUAUAUGUUUAGGUCUACAGUGUGCAGUUAUAGAGUUUGCAAGGAAUGAGCUGGGUAUGGCAGAUGCUAAUUCCACAGAAAAUGUCCCAGAUACAAAGAACCCAGUGGUGAUAGACAUGCCUGAACACAACACAGGACAGAUGGGAGGAACUAUGAGAUUAGGUCUACGGAAAACACUGUUCAAGACAGAUGCUUCUCUGAUGAAGAGGUUAUAUGGCAAUGUUGACCAUGUAGAAGAAAGACAUAGACAUAGAUACGAGGUAAAUCCAGCAUUAGUUGAACAGUUUGAAGAUAAGGGUAUGAAGUUUGUGGGGCGCAGUGAAGACGGAGAACGAAUGGAAAUCAUGGAACUACAGGGUCAUCCAUUCUUUGUUGGUGUACAGUAUCACCCAGAAUACAUCUCUCGUCCCAUGAAGCCGUCGCCUCCUUACUUUGGUUUCCUUCUUGCAUCUUGUGGUAAAUUACAAGGUUUUGUGAAUCGAGGAUUCCGGAAAUCUCCCCAUAUGUCCUACAGUGAAAGUGACUGCUCUGAUGAAGAACUGACAAAAUUUGUAGAGAAAGUUAAAAUAGAUAAGGAUAAGUCAAUGGCAGUUGGCGCUACCCAUGAAAUUAAAGGGAAAAAUGAUUGAUGAAAAAUAAGACAUAGUGUUGAAUGUUGUUCCAUUUUGUUAUGGCUUGAUAUGUUGUUUUGGAAAUCAUUUCCUAAACUUCAAUUUCAUGUCAGUGCCAUAGUUAUAUAGAAACUACACAAAAUCAAAAUGCCUGAAAACAGUGAAAUUAUUCUUAUCAGUGUAAUGAAAUAGUGCCUCUCUUCUAUAGUUAGAAAAGUCUGUUUUGUAAAAGGUUUCCUUACUUACACUACUGUAAAAGCAGAAAUUUUCGCAAGGGUUUAAUUUUUGCUAUAUUCAAGAGGCCCUGUAUCUUGUGAAAAUUAAUCCCCACAUAAAUAUUCACUAUUAGUAUUAUUUAAAUUCAAGUUGGAGACCUUUUUUUACGAUUUCGCAAAUUUUAAUCUUGGCGAACGUACUCAGAAUUGCAAAAUCGAGAAAUUUUUACCGUGCGAAAAUAUGUGCUUUUACAGUAUAUAGUUCAAGGAACGAUCUCGUGAUCUUGCUUGGUGCAAAAGAUUUUAGGUUAUUUUAUUGCAUUGAAAAUGAAAGAUUCCCUUAUAUGUUAUUUGGUGUUGUCCCUAUAUUUCUUUACUGCAGUCUGCUUCUUUUGUUGAUUGAUAUUUAAUAUUUCUUCAUAAAGACAGAAUUAAUCAUUUUGGAAAUGACAAUAUAGCUCUUUUCCAUGCUGUCAGACUAUUUCUUGUGAAAUGUUGUUGUUUCUGCUUGUAUUUUUGCAUAAAAUUAACAUGCAUAGUUAAACACAUUUUACAUUGGGGUUUUUUUGCAAUACAUAGUAAUACAUAGCUAUUACCUAGCAGAAAAACUUCAAGCUUCAGAGAUUUGAAUCUCGAAGUGAAAAUAGAUCCUGUUUUGAAACCUAAUCAUAAAUUUAUCCUGUUAUAACUUGUAUCCUUUUAUAUGUUACAUACUGUCCUCAUUCAUUUUGACAUAAUUUUUUUCUCUUUUUUUUUUCAUCUGAUAUAAAAGUAAACAAAAAACACAAAUUUGAAAUGAGUUUGAUAUAGAAAUUUCAAAUGAACACUGCUGUUUGUAUUAUUUUCCCGCCAUUGUAAUUGUCACCUGGCCCCGUGUUCACAAAACAUUUUUCGGUCUCAGCUGAGUCUGAGUUUGAAUUUUUGAUAACAAUUUUACUAAAACUGCAAGGUUAAAAUCCAAAUGAGACUGACCAUCUAUACUAAAUUGUCACACAGAAAUAGCGAUUAUCCUAAAAUUUUAAUUUAAACAUACCAAUUAGAUACAAAUAACAAAUAAAGUUUCAUUAUUAAUCUCAGCUGAGACUGAAACUGUUUUGUGAACAUGGGGCCUGGCCAGUGGUCCAGGUACUAGGCAAUAUUCACUUUAAAAUUUGUGAAAUAUUGUGAAUGUCCCGAGUUAGCAUUUUUUUGUGUGGAAAUCUAUGCUUUUAAAACUAGUAUGGUAUGAUUAUAUAAAAUUUGUUGAAAGUUCUGAUAUCUAUAAUUGAAUGUCCCAAGUGUAUAAAUAGUGUUAAAACAUGGUUUUGCUAUAAAUUAUUUCGAUUCUAAUAUGCCCUUAAUUUAAAACAGUAGAUAAAAUAUAGAAACUUAUUACUUUGACGUCACUGCAUGUUAACCUGACGUCAUCCUAGCGUAAAAGUGUUUUAACAGAGACAAGCAUAUUAGAAUUGUUAGGUAAACACUUCAGGGCUAUACCAUCGCUUAACGGAAGUGACCAUCAGAAAAUAGAAAUGACGUCAGUUAAGUUAUGCUAGUCAGAACUAAGUUUUAUGUAGAAUUUAAUUCUUCAAAUAAUAGUUUGAUUUAUGUUAUGUAUAUUUAGUAUUCUGAAAUGUUGCCUAGCAACUAACAUAUUAAUUUUUCGUGUAACUUUCAUAUGAAUUCUUUAGCAUCCUUGUUGGGGGGGGG